GCGGGACGGCGUCUGGAAACACCCGAAGAUGACUGAACAGGCUAUCUCCUUCGCCAAGGACUUCCUGGCCGGCGGCAUCGCCGCUGCCAUCUCCAAAACAGCCGUAGCCCCCAUCGAGAGAGUGAAACUUCUGCUGCAGGUGCAACAUGCCAGCAAGCAGAUCACAGCCGACAAGCAGUACAAGGGCAUCGUGGACUGCGUCGUCCGCAUCCCCAAAGAGCAGGGCUUCCUUUCCUUCUGGAGAGGCAACCUGGCUAAUGUCAUCAGAUAUUUCCCCACGCAGGCCCUAAACUUUGCUUUCAAGGACAAGUACAAGAAGAUUUUCCUGGACGGCGUGGACAAACGCACGCAGUUCUGGAGAUACUUUGCAGGUAACCUGGCGUCCGGCGGCGCCGCGGGCGCCACGUCUCUCUGCUUCGUCUACCCCCUCGACUUUGCCAGGACGCGUCUUGCCGCUGACGUGGGCAAAGCAGGAGCCGGACGUGAGUUCAAGGGCCUGGGAGACUGCUUAGCGAAGAUCUUCAAGUCUGAUGGCCUGAAAGGCCUGUACCAGGGCUUCAGCGUCUCAGUGCAGGGCAUCAUCAUCUACAGAGCGGCCUACUUUGGCGUCUACGACACAGCAAAGGGCAUGCUCCCAGAUCCCAAGAACACGCACAUCUUUGUGAGCUGGAUGAUUGCUCAGUCAGUGACAGCCGUUGCCGGUCUCGUCUCCUACCCCUUCGACACCGUCCGUCGUCGUAUGAUGAUGCAGUCUGGUCGCAAAGGAGCUGAUAUUAUGUACAGCGGCACCCUGGACUGCUGGAGGAAGAUCGCUCGUGAUGAAGGCGGCAAGGCGUUCUUCAAAGGAGCGCUGUCCAACGUGCUCAGAGGCAUGGGCGGCGCCUUCGUGCUCGUCUUGUACGACGAGCUUAAGAAAGUCAUCUAAGUUGACGUGUGUCUCUCCACUGUUCAUGUUGUGAAAUUUAUCUGUAACAUAUCUUGUACAUUUGGAAGAACUUAAAAUACCUUAGCUAUGUAUGUUUAUAGGGGACCAACUAGUAUUUUUUUACUAGUUGUACCGGGGGGGCGGGAGGGGGGGAGUCUGUUAUGCACUUGUAUCUUGGCCCAUGUUUUUGUCUUUUCUUUUUUUUUUUUUUUCUUUUGGAUUUUUGCCCUUCACAAGAAUUUCAUUCCCUGACUGGAAGAACUUUGCCAGAAUAAGAGAAAUAAAGGCAACCUACUGCGUGAAGCUA